GUUCGAGAGGCCGCUAAAGGAGGCCACUUGUGGAUCUUGCAACUGCUUGACGCUGAUCAAGCGCAUGGUGAUAUUCAGUGGGGCGGCGAAUGGGCCACGAAAUGCCUGAGCGAUGCUGCAGAAGGUGGGCACUGGGACUUGGUGAAGUGGCUGUAUGAGCGGAUUGAUGUUGAAGACGCUAUGUAUGUGUUCGAUGAUGCCUUGAAUGAAGCCUGCGAACAUGCUCAUAUUUCAGUGAUAGAGUGGUUACUUGAGAAUGAUGACCACGGUCAAAGCCAUGGUCCAUCUUAUGCCAUGUUUUCGGCAGCCAAGUUCGGACGCUUGGAGGUUGUUAAGUGGCUGUGGGAACGCAUUACUCUUUUCACCAGGGCGAAUGGAACAGCGAUGGAUAUCGCUGCCACGAACGGGCACUUGAAGGUAAUGGACCGCAUUGAAACAGAAUCUCGUGAUAAGCUGAAAAGAAGAGCGAAAAAAGUCUGCCAGCGUGGCCGAUACCCGUGCUGUACGACUGCUGCGAUGGAUGGUGCUGCCGCCAAUGGGCACCUCGAUGUUGUGAAGUGGCUUCACGCUUAUCGCUGGGAAGGUUGCACCACAUCUGCUACCGAUCGUGCUGCAGCAAAUGGACAUUUGAGAGUAGUGCAGUGGUUGCAUUGGCACAAAAAUGAUGACGGUGCUACAACUGAUACUAUGGACAUUGUGGCUUGUCGACACUUCCACCUUCCGUCGUGUUCAGGCACUAAGACGAUGAAUUGUUGCUUAACCGCGACGCCGCCGUCCUUUUACGAAGAUCAACUAGCGACACUCUCCUGGCUGAGUUGGAAUUCUCUAGAAGGCUGCACUGCUAAAGCUAUGGAUGGUGCUGCAGCAAACGGAAACGUGCAGGUUUUAAGGUUGCUGCACGAUCGCAGGAGUGAGUGCACGACCAAAGCAAUGGACUCAGCUGCGGGCGGGGAUCAUCUGGACACCGUACAAUGGCUCCAUGCAAAUCGAAGCGAGGGGUGCACGACGAAUGCAAUGGACGAUGCGGCGUCAGCAGGUCACCUGAAAGUCGUGCAAUGGUUGCACGCGAAUCGACCCGAGGGGUGCACGGCCAAAGCGAUGAAUAUGGCGGCAGCGCAUGGUCACUUGGGCGUGGUUAAGUGGCUGUUAGAGCAUCGCGCGGAGGUCGCCAUUAUUCCAGCAAUGGAGCAUGCUAUCGUUUGCAAGAAACUCGAGGUCAUGUGGUUUCUCGAUGCGCAGCGCAUUGAUCACAGCGUCAGAUACGCGAUAAUCUCCGCCAUCACAGCCUGUAUGUACUAG